CUUCGUGGAAGCUUCAUGCCGCCCCCGCAACCGUCUCGAGAACGAGUCCCCAUUCCCGACCGCAAAACUGGGCAGAGGAGGAAGAGAACAAAACGCUUUCCCAGAGAGAGAGCAGAGCACGGGAGGGAGAGGGGCGGGGCGGGGCGAGGCGAGGCGAGCUGGGGGUUGAGCAGGCCCGCGGAACCUUCUGGAAGCUUCGCUACACCGAGGGGCUGCGGCUGCGAGCGCCGGUGCCGUCUCUCCUGCGAAGCCCGCGGCGGAGGUGUCUGGCCGCUGCUGUCACCGGGCGGGAUGGCGCUGGGGAGGUCGCCGCCGCCGGAGAUCCGCUCGCCGGACGCCGCGGAGGAUGGGGCGGAGGCGGAGGCGGAGGCGGAGGCGGAGGAGGAGGUCUUCGACGACGCCUUCGACAUACCGCAUAAGAACGCCCCGCACGACCGGCUGCGCCGGUGGAGGCAAGCUGCUCUUGUGCUCAAUGCUUCGCGCCGCUUUCGAUAUACUCUAGACCUUAAAAAGGAGGAAGAGAAAGAGAUUAUAAGAAGGAAGAUCCGGUCCCAUGCACAAGUUAUACGGGCAGCAUUUCUUUUCAAAGAAGCUGGCCAAAAGGAGAUUAGAGAAGCUUAUAGUGGUAUAAAUCUUGCAACGGCCUCUCGCAGUUUUCCAAUUGAACUGGAAAAGCUUACCACAUUAAACAGGGAUCAUGAUAGUGUUCUUCUUCAAGAAGUUGGGGGAGUCAAGGGCCUGUCAGAUUUAUUGAAGAGUGAUUUAGACAAGGGAGCUAGUCCAAAUGAGGAUGAAUUGUUACAAAGGAGGAAUAUCUAUGGAGCAAAUACAUAUCCACGCAAGAAAAGGAAAAACAUACUGCGUUUUGUAUUUGAAGCAUGCCAAGAUUUAACUCUUGUCAUUCUAAUGGUAGCUGCUGCCAUAUCACUGACAUUGGGUAUGACGACAGAGGGUGUUGAUGAAGGAUGGUAUGAUGGUGGAAGUAUCUUUUUAGCUGUCUUCCUUGUGAUACUUGUUACUGCAAUCAGUGAUUAUAGACAAUCUCUUCAGUUUCGGCAUCUUAAUGAGGAGAAACAGAACAUACAAGUGGAGGUUGUUAGAGGUGGUAAAAGAUCUACAACUUCAAUAUUUGACCUUGUUGUUGGUGAUGUGGUUCCACUCAAAAUCGGUGACCAAGUACCUGCUGAUGGUGUCCUGAUAUCUGGCCAUUCUCUUGCAAUAGAUGAAUCGAGUAUGACUGGAGAGUCAAAAACUGUUCACAAGGAUCAAAAGGCACCAUUUUUGAUGUCUGGUUGCAAGGUUGCAGAUGGCUAUGGUUCAAUGCUGGUAACAGGCGUGGGCAUCAAUACUGAAUGGGGUCAGUUGAUGGCUAACCUUUCUGAAGAUAAUGGUGAAGAAACACCAUUACAGGUUCGCCUGAAUGGCGUUGCAACUUUUAUUGGUUUGGUAGGCUUGUCUGUAGCUGGUGCAGUACUUGUUGUGCUUUGGAUAAGAUAUUUUACUGGCCAUACCGAGAAUCCUGAUGGGACUACUCAAUUUGUUGCUGGGACUACUGGUGUGAAACAAGGAUUUAUGGGGGCAAUUAGAAUUUUGACCAUUGCUGUGACUAUUGUAGUCGUUGCUGUGCCUGAGGGGCUCCCAUUGGCAGUAACUCUGACGCUUGCAUAUUCAAUGAAAAAGAUGAUGCGAGACAAAGCACUGGUGAGGCGACUCUCAUCAUGUGAAACGAUGGGAUCAGCUACUACAAUAUGCAGUGAUAAGACAGGAACUCUUACCCUGAAUAAGAUGACAGUUGUGGAAGCAUUUUUUGCGGGAACAAAGUUGGAUCCCUGUGAUGAUAUUAGCCAGAUAUCAGAGGAUUCAGUGGCACUUAUUAUUGAAGGAAUCGCACAGAACACAACAGGAACUGUAUUUUUGCCAGAGGAUGGGGGUGAGGCAGAAAUUACGGGUUCACCAACUGAAAAGGCCAUUCUUUCUUGGGGUCUUAAGAUAGGGAUGGAUUUCCAUGACAUGAGGUCAAAAUCUGCAGUUAUUCAUGUUUUCCCAUUUAACUCGGAGAAAAAACGUGGUGCUGUUGCAGUACAGUCGGAUGAAGGUGUUCAUGUGCACUGGAAAGGUGCAGCUGAAAUAGUGUUAUCUUCUUGCAAAAGCUGGCUUUCUGUGGACGGUUCAGUUCAGCCAAUGAGUGCUGAGACGCAUGAUGAAUACAAGAAAUCGAUUGAACACAUGGCAGCGAAUUCAUUACGCUGUGUUGCUUUUGCAUAUUGUGUUUCUGACAUUGAAAUGAUUCCAAAGGAAGAUAUAGAAAACUGGAAGUUGCCUGAGGAUGACCUGACUCUGCUUGGCAUAGUGGGAAUAAAGGACCCCUGUCGCCCAGGAGUAAGGGCUGCUGUACGACUGUGCACUACUGCUGGUGUAAAGGUGCGCAUGGUUACAGGAGAUAAUAUCGAAACUGCUAAGGCUAUAGCUUUGGAGUGUGGAAUACUAGAUGCAAAUGGUCUUAUUUCGGAGCCAGUUGUAAUUGAGGGAAAAGUGUUCCGUGAGAUGUCUGAAAAUGCGAGAGCAGAUGCCGCUGACAAGAUAAUUGUGAUGGGAAGAUCGUCUCCAAAUGAUAAAUUUUUGCUUGUCCAAGCUUUAAAAAGAAAGGGACAUGUUGUAGCUGUUACUGGUGAUGGCACAAAUGACGCCCCUGCAUUGCACGAGGCCGAUAUAGGUCUUUCAAUGGGCAUUUCGGGGACAGAAGUUGCUAAAGAAAGCUCUGACAUUAUAAUCCUGGAUGAUGACUUCACAUCAGUUGUCAAGGUUGUUCGUUGGGGACGGUCUGUCUAUGCAAAUAUACAGAAAUUCAUUCAGUUCCAGCUUACUGUUAAUGUUGCUGCACUUGUGAUUAAUGUGGUUGCUGCUGUGUCCUCUGGUGAUGUGCCCCUAAAUGCUGUUGAGCUUCUCUGGGUGAACCUUAUCAUGGACACAUUGGGAGCCCUUGCAUUAGCCACCGAGCCACCAACUGACAACCUUAUGAAGAGAAAUCCUGUUGGUCGAAGGGAACCUCUUGUUACAAAUAUCAUGUGGAGAAACUUGUUUGUCCAGGCCCUUUACCAAAUAGCAGUUCUUCUUAUCUUCGAUUUUGCUGGAGUAAGAAUUCUGCGGCUGCAGAAUGAAAGCCGAUAUAAUGCUGAGAGGAAAAAGAACACCUUCAUCUUUAAUACAUUUGUGUUUUGCCAGAUUUUCAAUGAGUUCAAUGCACGCAAGCCCGAGGAGAGGAAUGUCUUCAAAGGUGUAACAAAGAACCACCUAUUCAUGGGAAUAAUUGGUAUAACGACAGUAUUUCAGAUACUGAUAAUUCAGUUCCUGGGGAAGUUCUUCAAAACGGUGAGACUUGAUUGGAGACUAUGGCUGGUUUCAGUUGCUAUUGGUGUUGUAAGUUGGCCCCUAGCAUAUCUCGGAAAAUUCAUUCCGGUGCCCGUAAGACCACUCCAGGACUAUUUCAAACCCCGUUGUUGCCGGAAAGCACGCCGUGAUGAGGAGGAAGGCGGACAGACAUAGGGCGCAACGAGUAGCCGGUGUAAAUAGCCAUGCCUUAAGAAGAAAAGAUAAAUUCUACUGGUUCCACGGGAACUGCCGCUUGGAGAAUGUAUAAGCUGCCAACAAAGCUGGCCCGGUAGGUUUCCUAGUUUCUUUGACAGGAAAUGCAGUGGUAAACUGUACAGCAGCCAGACUCCUGUUCUAGGCUACUAGCCUACCAGGUGAUGUGCUAUGCUAUGCGGCAGCGAAAGCGCGAGCACAAUCGGAGCUACUAGUUUUGUAUGGACGUGCGACGGUAUAACCUAAAACAGCUCUAGCUUGCGAUCUAACCUUUUUUUCUGGCAACCUGACUGUAAAUUUGUAAAUGCUUAUCUGCUACUAGAUACUAUUGUUUUCCAUCCGUCUGUAGUUAUGCACCUUACGAAAAUAAAGUCAAAAGAACAGGUUCAAAAGGAGCUAA